UUGGUAGGCGUCACCUAUUUUGAGUGGUGAUGCGCAGUGGGCGUUGUGUGUACUGUCUUCGUGGGAGGGAAACAAUCGAUCUGCAAGCUGUAACCUUCCGUUACUAAUAGGACAGUCCUCUCUGUUUAUCCGCUGUGUUCAAAUAUUGUGUAUUUUGGAAUUACUUCUGAAGAAUUUUUAAAAAAAUAUGGCUGAUCCAGGAUUUCCAAGUCAGCACGUGACAACAACAGGCACAACAACAGUUACAAAUACAACUGUUACACCAGUUAUUCGUUUUGAUAAAACUUAUAUCAAGACAACUCCGGGCAUCUUGAAAGUGGCUCAGAUAAUUUUCAAUCUGAUUGGUUUCAUAUGCAUCUCGGUAUCUUACCAGUGGUGGCAGUCACGUGGUGGCUGGUUUAAUACAGUCUCAAUGACAGGAUUCUGGUUCACGGGGAUUAUGCUGCUGUUUUACUUGUUUCACGUCAUUGAGAAGUUCUACAAGGUUCCAUGGCUAAAAAUUGAAUUUGUGUUCUGUGCUGUGUGGACUUUCUUUUACUUAAUUGCUGCUUCUCUGGCUGCUGACUAUGGGAGGCAUGAUGAAGCAUAUGGUGCAGCUGCAUUUUUUGGGUUUGCUGCGAUGGUUGCAUAUGGAGUUGAUGCAUAUCUGAAGUUUGUGGCAGUACGAUCUGGUAGCAUAGCUCAAGGUCAACGAACUGUUCAGAAGACCACAAGCACAGUAUCGUCCCCUGCAUAUUAAAAUUACCGAAAGUUUAAAAGACUUUACAACCUCUGUACGAAGUGUACUGUUAUAUCAAAUGCCUUGUUUAACCAGUUUCUAUUAAUGUUUAACGCAUUUCACUCGUGUUUUGUACUGAAUUAUACAUAUAAUUGUUGCAAUGUAUUUAGAUACCAGAUUUUUUGUGUACGUGGUGUCAUAGUGAUUGCUAAGAUAGUACUGGUUACACUAGAAUAAUUGUAUAUUUUUGUAUGCUAGUUCAGCUGUUGUAUUUAUGUUGGAUAUAAUGUGACUAAUUGUUGAACUUUGUAAACUGAUAUUUUAUUGCUAGUUGUUUCUGGACCAAUGAGCCCACCAAAAAUGUUCAUAAAGUUUUCUCUGGCAACUUUUUGAAGAUUUUCCAUGUUAGUAGACAAGCAAUGAUAAAAACUGUAGCAGUAGGCUUGAUACAUUGUUUGCUGACUGCCCUUAACAUCAAAAUGGUUUUAAACAACACGUCCACUAGUCAGUGUAAAGAUAAUAUUCACAAGCCUUUUUGUUAUCACAAGCGUUUUAUACUUAACUGGAAAAUACCAUGUCUUAUUAGAACUGAA